AUGUUGAGGACAUCAGUGUUGGUGGUCGUUGCUGUGAUAGCGAAUGCGCAGUAUGACCCGGCACAGCAGAUUGUUAUGUUUAAGCAAAAUACAAAGGGUCCCAUAGGAAUAAUGACGACCAGUUUCGGAGCACCAGUCGAGUACACAGAUGCCAGAAUAACAUUAAACAGAAAUCUGAUCCAUAACAAGUACUUCAUGGACACUUUGACUCACCUCGUCCGUGAGAGGAUCCCGGAAAGAGUGGUUCAUGCUAAAGGGGCUGGGGCUUUCGGCUACUUCGAAGUCACCAACGACAUAACAGACGUCUGCAACGCCAAGCUCUUCAGCACCGUCGGCAAGAAAACACCAGUAGCAACAAGGUUCUCCCUUGUUGUCGCCGAGAGAGGAGGCGUAGACACAUCCAGGGACGUCAGAGGAUUCGCGAUAAAAUUCUACACCGACGAUGGGAACUUCGACAUAGUAGGGCUAGACACGCCAGUAUUCGCUAACAAAGAUCCAGUGCUGUUCACAUCGUUCGCGAGGGCGCAAAAGAGAAACCCAGCCACAAACCUGCAAGAUGGUAACAUGCUCUGGGACUACAUAACAUUAAACCCUGAAACGUUGCAUAUUUUUAUGUCAGUUUUUUCCGAUCGGGGCAUCCCUGAUGGAUUUCGUCGUAUGCCUGGCUUUGGCAUUCACACCUAUGAGGUCUUGAACAAGCAUAACGUUAAACAUUUCAUUAGAUUCCAUUUUACUCCCGAUGCAGGUAUUAAGAAUUUGUUCACCGAAGACGCUAGGAAAAUAGCAGCAGAGGAUCCCGAUUACGCUACUAGAGACCUUUACAGGGCAAUAGGGAAUGGGGAGUAUCCCAGUUGGACAAUGGGUAUCCAGGUGCUGACGAUGAAUGACGUCAAAAAGGCCGGCUUUGAUGUCUUUGACGUCACUAAAGUUCUACCUCUAGAAAAGUAUCCUUUAAGGCCUGUCGGGAAACUGGUGUUGAAUAAAAAUCCGAUUAAUUAUUUCGCAGAGAUAGAGCAGUUAGCCUUCUGCCCGGGGAAUCUGGUCCCAGGAAUAUUGGGAGCUCCAGAUAAAGUGUUUGAGGCCCGCACUUUUUCUUACAGGGACGCGCAAUACUACCGGCUCGGUGCUAACUUUAACAAAAUACACGUCAAUUGUCCAAUUCAAUCUGCAGUGUACGCUUACAAUAGGGACGGUGAUCCUCCAACUAAAGAGAAUGGAAGAGACAGUCCAAAUUACUACCCAAAUUCGUUUAAUGGAGCUGUACCGUACGCAAGUAAAUGGAGAGUGGAUCUGGUAGAUAUUUAUCAAGAUGCUCCGAAUAACUUUGCUCAGAUGACGGAAAUGUAUGUCAACGAAUUAAGUAAGGAGGAACGUAGCCGGCUAGUCCAGAACAUUCUGUAUAGUUUAGGUCCAGUGGCUGGAUUCCUGCAGGAACGGGCAGUGAAGUUGUUUACAAUUAUCCACCCUGAUUUAGGCAGGAGAAUUGAACAAGGAUUAGCAUUUAAUAAAACGGUUGGUUGA